AUGUCUGCGACCGAUGGCUAUGUCAAACCAAACGCUCAUCCAGAAGCCCCAAAAACCAACCCUAGAGAACGCGAACAUUCGGACAUCUAUCAUCCUCCUGCUGAUAACGGCCCAUCCAAAGCAGGUGCUUCAAAAACCCAAUUCCCGGAGACCGGCUGGAAUGGUCCCAUUCCUAGCCAAAGUGGGGGAGACAAGGAGCAGGACUUCAUGAACAAGCCUCCCUACUUCUGGAAGAGUGAAGGAGACAGAUUCAAGCGGAAGCACUUCUCACGGUGCUGGUGUGGAAAUGUCGAGUUCGAGUUCCAUGGAGACCCUCUCAACGCCAAGCACUGCCAUUGCAAGCAAUGCCAACACUUGCAUGGCGCACCGUUCCAAUGGGCCGUCAUCUUCCCCAAGACUUCUGUCCGCAUGAUAUCAAACAAGAACGAUAGCCUUCACUUCUUCUCAACUCAACGCCGGCAGGGUAUACACGAUGUCCCAUGCAAGGUCUCUUGCAACGAGUGCCGAUCCCCGAUGUUCGAUGAGGGGCGUAACACCGUCCUCGCAUACCCGUCCUCGUUCAAGUUCCCCAACGGAAAGGUUCCUACGGACUUCCAGCCAACUGCACACAUCUUCUACAGCCAGCGUACCGUCGCGCUGAAUAUGUGCGGCAUUAUCAGCACAAUGCCAAAGUACAAGGGCAAACAUGAAGAAGGUCCGAUCGACAUGCGAAAUGAUGACAAAACUUGA